GCGCGUUCCGCGUGGCAUUCUUGAUUGCCUGCUUCGAUCGAUCCGAACUGCAGUCAUUUGCUGGUGUGCGUUCACUGAGGGAAUCAUUUAUUCUACGGCAGAGAACCUCCGUGCUAUGUAUUGCUUACCUGAUCUAUCGCUAUGCUCUUUAGGCAAAUUUCGCCUACGCGAUCAAUCUCGUCGAUGUCGCGAGCUUCUCGCGUCGUCGUUUCUGGCCGACUGCGGCCCUGCAGUGAACCGUCCAGCCUAAUGGUAUUGUGACAAGCCUCAAUGGAGACGGCCACUUUCCACAGCUCGGAUAAUAAGGGGGCUAAAGAGGCUGUGCCGAGAAGAAACAAGAGUGUGCCGUAUGACGAAGAAGUGCGGCCAAAUGCCACCGGGCAACCAGCUGUGGCAGCAUUUCAACUGCAGGUGGUGGAAGAUUCUUCAACCGCGGACCACUCCUAUGAUCGCGGCAAGUGGCAAGGUCGGCUUGACUUCAUCUUUGGCUGCAUCAACUAUGCCGUCGGCCUGGGCAACGUGUGGCGCUUUCCCUACCUGUGCUAUGAAAAUGGAGGAGGUGCUUUCCUGGUUCCUUUCGUAUGCCUCAUCCUGACAGCCAUUCCUUCAUUCCUUCUUGAGGUGGCCCUUGGACAGUAUGUUUGUCGUGGCGGCAUUGGCGUGUGGAAGCUUGUGCCCAUUUUCAAAGGUGUGGGCAUCGCUUCCAUGGUGAUGGUGUUCUUUUCGAACGUGUACUACAUUAUUGUGGUCGCAUGGAUUAUGUUCUACCUUUUUGCGUCCUUCACUAGCAAUCUUCCGUGGCAGGAGUGUGGCAACUACUGGAACACUGAACGCUGCAGAGAACCGAAUGGGACCAACCUCGCCAACACCACCUUCACCACACCUGUCCAGGAGUACUGGGAGAAACGUGUGCUCAACAUCUCUUCAGGACUUGAUGACGUAGGCAGUGUGCGCUCUGAGCUGGCGUUGUACCUGCUGCUGUCAUGGGCCAUUGUCUUCCUGGUCACAUGGAAGGGCAUUCAUCAGAGCGGCAAGAUAAUUUGGUGUACAGCCCUGUUUCCGUAUGUGAUACUGCUGGUGCUGCUUGUGCGAGGUGUGACUCUGCCUGGUGCCGACGCAGGCCUCCUAUUCUACGUGACGCCCCAGUGGGGAAAGCUGCUGGACCCUCACGUGUGGAUAGCUGCCGGCACCCAGGUAUUCUACACGUUUGGCAUCGGCUUCGGCUCAGUCAUAGCCCUGGGCAGCUACAACAAAUUCCACCACAACUUCUUCAGGGAUUCCAUGGUGCUGUGUAUAGUGAACCCGAUGACGAGCAUUGUGGCUGGCGUGGUGAUAUUCUCAGUGCUGGGCCAUCUGGCGCACAUAACUGGUCACGAUGUUGGUGAUGUGUUUCGCUCGGGACCGGGCCUCGCAUUCCUAGCCUAUCCUGAAGUCGUGGCCAAAAUGCCAGCGGCACCUGUCUGGUCGGUGCUGUUCUUCGUGAUGCUGCUUGUGGUGGGCAUCGACAGCCAGUUCUGCACAGCCGAGGCCCUCAUAGCCGGCCUCAUUGACGUGUGGCCUGUGCUUCUUCGAAACCGUCCGCAGGUGACGCUUCUCUUCUGCACCAUUCAGUUCCUCUUAGGGCUCAGCAUGGUCACCCAGGGUGGCAUGUAUCUAUUCCAAUUGGUUGACAGCUACGCUGUGUCGGGCAUAACGCUGCUGUUUAUAGUGUUUUUCCAGAAUGUGGCCAUUUCCUGGUUUUACGGUUCGAACAAGUUUGCCAGUAACAUAAAAGAGAUGAUUGGCUAUGCACCAAACUGGUUCUUUCGUGCUUGCUGGAUGGUGUUCGUGCCCUUCUUUUGCAUUGCCAUAUUCGUAUCGUCCAUCAUUCAGUACCGGCCACCAGUGUAUGCCAGGACGUACUUCUACCCUUGGUGGGGUGAGCUAAGCGGCUGGUUCAUGGCAUUAAUAUCCAUGAUGAUGAUUCCCACCUAUGCCAUCUACUACCUAAUCACCACCAAGGGAUCUCUUUCCAAGCGACUACAACUGGGUGUAACGUCAACUAAGAAGCCAAAUCGUCAAGCCGAAGCGGGACCACUCCUGGAUCCUCUGGCAAAGCCAACCCUUAUUGCUGACUGAUGGGCUACCUCAGCAGCGCAAGCGAUUCCUUGUCACGUCUUUGUUGCCUGGCUGCAAGUGCAUGACUUUGACCAUGACGCGGACAGUCCUCGUUCCCGUCUUCAAGGCCACACCUGGGCUGCUCAAAGCAGACUCGUGUUACCCGAGGUCACCAAGAUGAAGCUCAUGUGAUUCUGUUGCAUUUGUGAACAGAUUUUUAAAAAGAGAUAUACUCUGCGUUUUGAUAUGAUAUUUUCCGUCCCUGUUGUAUGAGAGAAUAUUUUGCCUAUAAUAUAUAUAGAUAACAAUUUUUAAA